AUGCCGAUUUCAAGAAUUGCCAUUGGAAGUCUGAGCGAGGCUACCCAGCCUGAUGCCCUCGAGGCUGCCUUAGCUGAAUUCAUUGCAAUGGUUAUUUAUAUUUUCCCUAUUGAAGGCGGUACCUUGGUAUUCUCCAAGAUGACAAGCGGUGAAAUGUUAGCCGCAUGGUUUACAGCGGCAAUAUCCCAUGCAUUUGCUCUUUUUGUGGCCGUUUCAGUGGCAACAAACAUAUCUGGUGGACAUUUGCUUGGUUCUGCCGUGGCUUGCUUGCUCCUCAAGUUUGCUACUGGUUUCGUAAUAUCACCAUACCCUCCAACACCAUGGAGCGCAGUUAUUUUCGAGAUAGUCUUGACAUUUGGCCUUGUUUACACUGUUUAUGCAACUACAAUAGACCCCAAGAGGGGCAACUUAGAAGUCAUUGCCCCGAUUGUAAUUGGUUUAGCUGUUGGUGCCAACAUCUUGUCAGGUGGUGCCCUUUAUGGUGCAGCAAUGAACCCAGCUGCAGCCUUUGGUCAAACAGUGAUUAGUUGGACAUGGAAUAACCACUGGGUCUACUGGCUCGGUACAUUUGUUGGUGCUGCCAUUGCUGCUUUGGUCUACGAAACGUUUUUCAUUGGCCAGAACACUUACGAGCAACUCCCUUCCGCUGAUUAA